UUUUGUGGCUGAUGAUUGGUUGGAGGCACUGAGACUGGGAGGGGCUUCAGUGCUGCUGUUUCUGUAGACAGAGGCAGAAGGAGGGAGACAGAGUGUGAGAGAGACGACAGAGCAGGACAAAUGAACACAGAGGGGUUCUCCCAGCAUCGGUAUGCCUGCCUUUCACAUUUCAACUCCAGACGAAGUUGCUUCUCUUGAGGCGGGAAAUAAACCUAUGGGUGUGUUUUACUCCACCUCUGUGAGGACUGUUUUUUGACUUCUAUAAUACUACACUCUGCUGACUUUGAACCAGCGUACAGUGACCUGCUGGGAUCUUACAGUGAAGGACCAAAGAGAAGCUGACACUCCAAUAAAUGCAGAUGGAAGCCUGGUGAAAGAAGAAGUGAAGAAGAGCCAGAAAAGUGGGAAAGUGGUUUGAAGGACAGCAUAAGAAUCAGAUUAUGCUUAAUCAUUCCCUCAAUAUGCAGUUCUUUAAACAAUGACUUUUCUCUGGAGGAUUUAACAGUGACCUGAUGGACUACAAAUUGGUAGGAGCUACAGCUUGAGAUUUCUGGAUUUGCAUCUGACAUUGAGGAUCUCAACAUUCAUAAGAGUCACAUUCUUCCUCUGUGCCUUUACCUGGGAACCUUCCGACAAAGGUUUUUACCUUACUUGUACUGUAACCGCACCAGCUCUGAGGACAACACCAGGGAACUUUUUGACACCUUUAUCUGCCCUUUCAACCCUUCCUGUGUUUGAAAUGGAGCAUGGGGGUCUUUGUUUGGACUGAAAUCAAACUGCUGAUAAAUACAGCCGGGCUACUAGGGUUAAUAGUAGCUUUUUGGAUUUAUUGUACCCUGUAAGAACCCCCUUAUGUGUUUUACUGCCUGAGAUCAUGAAUUCCUCUCUGGAUUCCCUGAACCAAAGCUCGCUGGACUCAAAUUUAUCCACUCCCUUUUGCUUACUUGAAAUUGCCUAUUCCCAAAUUUUUAGCACAUGCCUCCUUGAGGUAUCUGUCAUCCUCCUCCUCACUAUCCUUAUUAUCUGUGGCAACCUGGUGGUGAUAUUUGUGUUUCACUGUGCUCCUUUGCUCAGCCAGCACACCACCAGUGCUUUUAUCCAGACUAUGGCUUAUGCAGAUCUGUUAGUGGGAGUCAGCUGCCUCUUCCCCUCCCUGUCUCUGCUUCACCAUCUGCAGGGAUUGGAUCCCAAACUGACCUGCCAGGUGUUUGGGUACAUGGUUUCAGUUUUGAAAUCCGUUUCAAUGGUGUCCCUCGCAUGCGUGAGUGUAGACCGCUAUAUCGCCAUCACACGGCCUCUGACUUAUUCAUCUCUGGUCACUCCUUGUCGAGUGCGCUGCUGCAUCGCUCUAAUAUGGUUCUACUCUGCUUUGGUGUUCCUUCCAUCUUUUCUUGGGUGGGGGAAGCCUGGCUAUCAUGGAGACGUGGUCGAGUGGUGUGCAGUCGAGUGGAGGACUAGUCCGGCUUUCACGACCUUCAUCGUUGCUCUGCUCUACGCUCCAGCUGCUCUCACAAUUUGCUUUACAUACGCCAACAUCUUUAAGAUCUGCAGACAGCACACUCGGGAGAUCAGCGAGCGCCAUGCUCGCUACAGACCACAACAACAGCAAGGUCCCAGACUGACUGGUGGAGCGGUCAUGAAAGAUUGCACCAUGGUAGAGCAAGAGCAGCUUCCUCAAUUGUCCCAAUCGCAGAAGACCCAGCACCACCAGCCUCAGUAUCAGCAGUCUACUUACCCUGACAAGCGAUACGCUAUGGUAUUGUUUCGCAUAACCAGUGUGUUCUACAUCCUUUGGUUGCCCUACAUCCUGUACUUCCUGUUGGAGAGCGGAGGAAUAUACCACCACCCUGCAGUCUCGUUUCUUACGACAUGGUUGGCUAUCAGCAACAGCUUCUGCAACUGUCUCAUUUACAGCCUUUCCAACUCAGCAUUUAGAAAGGGCCUGAAACGCCUCUGCUCCUUCUGCCUGCGGCGUGGUGGCGAUGGCUUCGGAGUUGGGAAAACCAAAAAGGCGUUUGUUGGCUCGGUUGAAAAGGGAUGCACAAAGCAGUGGUAUGGAAAUGACAAUGGAGACAUGAGAGUUGGCACAACAUGUCAUGUGUAGUUCAGAUGGAGAGGAAAACACAGAGCUAAAAUGAAGUUUCGGCUCUUCACAUCUUUUAAAAUCUGCAGAUGGAAGAAGGUGUCGUCGUGAUUGUGCUUUUUCUGACUCUCCCUUGACAAGCCAGCAAAGGUAGAGAAUAAGAAUGAAAAGCAUUGUAAUUUGAAAAGAAAAAAAGUCCAUAUUAGCCUUUCAAGGUGUUUCGUUUGAUGAUGUGAACACAAGUUCAUAUGGACAGGAGGCUGACAGAUGGGAGGGUUCUGGUAUGAACAAGAAGAAGGUCUCUAUGUCCUCAGUGGGAGUAAAUUCUUUAAACAUUGGACAUAAUGUUUAUCUGCUGAUGCUGUUUUUGGAACUGAAUACUUGAUUUUGUCCAAACAACCAAAUGAUGCUAGAAGCAGAAAGUUCUCAUGAAAAGUUUUACGAGCUUUGUUUGGAGCAACGUGAUAUUCGACAAUUUGUCGCGUUUCACUUAAAAAGGAAAAAAAAAAAAGAAAAGAUGUCAGUCCAGUCAGGUCAAGGAUCUGAUGUGAUUAAAUGAGACUGUCUGUAAAGAGCAAGCGUAGUCAAACUGAUCUUUAAAUAAAUGUAAUUUAUUGAUGCUGUUAAAAUGUCUGUUGAAAAUGUGGGUUUGCACUGUGCACCUGUUAUUUGCGAAAAGGACUUUGUAGUAAGACUGCACAACUGCCAAAAAAUCAAAUGUAGGGUUCAGUAACAUUCAUGCUGAAAGAGUCACAAUCAAAAUAUAAGUCAUUAAUAAAAUAAAACCAUUCUUUGAUAAAUUAUUUGACAUUUCAAUUGACGAUACUGUCAAAAUCUCUCAAUAGUAUUCCAAUAUUUGUGUAAUUCUUUUGGGUUUUAUGCUAAUCAGUGAAAAUGAUUUAACAAACAUUUUCACUGUUUGCUAAAAUCAAACAGUGAAAAUGUUCUAAAACGAAAUAAUAAAAUGCUUUAAUUAAUCAAUUACUGAAAAAAAUAUGAUGUAAAUAUUUCAUUAUUUAUUUAUUUAUUCAAUUUUUAACCUUUAAAAACAUAAAGGGUUAGGGCUAGGGGUUAGGCCUAACCCUAACCCUAUAGGGUUAACCCUAACCCUAUAUCUACUGGUAGUUACAUGUACCUUAUUUGAUUUGGAAGAGAGCAAACGUCUCAAGAAAAUAUGGACCUAUAUGAUUGUGAAAGUAUGCAAAACCACUCGUAGAUUGGUGUGAGACUUGAAGAUUUGUGUGCAUGUUAGUACUGUCUUUUAUGUACAUUAGUAUAAACAAAUUGUAGGAAAAAAAAAACAUUUAAAGGAGCUUAAUUGUUCAUUUCCACUUGUCAAGGUAUGUGGUUUGAGCUUUCAAGACUUGUUCGUCAAAGUAAACAUUCCUUAGUUUUAUAUCUCUUCUGCAGUAAUGUGCCAAAGAAGGUCCAAUUUUGUCUCUAAGUGUGAUAUUUGCAAUAUGAGUGAUUUUACCAAAAAUAUUUUCCACUGUCUACUGCACUGUGUCGCAUCGGUGAUGCCUUGUGUGCAUGUCUAAGACUGUUUCUGAGCAUAUUGUGAUAUAAAGUUGCCUUUGUUUAAAAACUAGAAACAAUACGUCAACUGUUGGGGAAAAGUGGUUUUCUUUAACAGCAAGUGAGGGCUAAAAUAAAAGGCAUGUGACUGUUUUUAAAUGAUUCAGCUCCAGAGGCAAGCUUUAGUUUUACUCCUUUGGUAGCUAAAGAAGUUAAAGUGUUUGUGUUGCUUCAGGUAUUCAAAGCAGUUGUCUUUUUUUUUUGUUUGCUUCAACUUCAGGAAAAAAAAACAUGUAGAUGAACCCUUCAAACUGUUUAUUUUCUGUCUUGAACUUGUAUUUCUGUGUGAUUGAAGCACAAUGGAGACAAAAAUGUGUGCAGAUAGGCACUGGCUCGACCAUUGGCUGGACUCUGACUGUUCAAUGUUUUUUGGUCUCAUUUAUUGUUGUACCUGUUAGAUGUCUGAAAUAAUUAGUGGUUUUAUUUGUAAAACAUUCCAAAACUAGUACACCUAUACCAGUUUGUAUCAUCUUCUGUGCUACUAUCUUAAUAUUUUCCUGUUUACAGAAAAUAUCAAAUUGAAUGUUUAUCAGAGAACAUUUGUAUAGUUGAUUUCUUUUUAAUUACCAAGCUCAGUUUGUUCUCAGAAGUAAAAAAUGUUGUGCGGCCUACAUAAACAACCAGUUUUGUCUUAUGUUUUUUUCCUAUUGAAGUGUAGGUUUUGUGGUGUUUCUGCUCCAAACGUAGUCAUUUUGACCAUUUUAGUUUGGAAAGAUUCAGUACAAUAGCCGCUUAUUUUACUGCCCCUUUAAAACAAUAGAUGUUUGAAGACAAUCCAUGAUGCCUAAAAGUGCUCCCCGUUGGUCACAUACACUCAUUCCCUUCUUCCUGUGGGGAAAACAAUCAACCUACAUGUUCUCACGGGAAUGACAUUGGUGGCUGGGAGGAAAUUUCCAUGCCCUCAAAAAUUAAGCAUGUUUCGAGCUUGGAGAGCUCAUGAUGCAAAAAAAGUAGUAAAAAUAAUAACCAUAUGACUGAUAACCAUAUAAUCAAACCAAUUCAAACAAGAUUGACUUGCAUAAACAGCGUCUCUGUUGUAUUUCCAGAAACUUAAGGUAAUUUUCUUUUUAUUUGUAACUAAAAAUGCUUGAGGUGGUUGCAUCUUAUCCAGCAGAAUCGCACUUGCUGCAUUUUUUUUUUUUUUUUUUUUACCUCUUCUGGCGUAUUCCAGAGUUGGCAAACCAUUUUAAGUGGAUCAGCAGUACUUGGACUGAGACGACCUAGAAUUUUUAUCUGUCAUGGAAAUGAGUCCAAACAAAGUAGCUUGGGUCAAAAACUCCAUGAAAUAUUAAAGUUUAAAGCUGCAGAUUUUUUUUUUCCUCUUUGUGUAUUUCUGUAGAACUAAACCAUUGUUGUCUAAUAAGCCACACAAUAAUCUCAAAUUCAAACUUAUAAAAAGAUAAACGGCUAAAAUAUACGAAUACUAUUUCUCAACAGACAACAACAGACUGCCAAUUUAACAUUGAAGAGAGGAGAUUCAUCUUGUUGGUUUUUAUAUUUUUUUUCUUAUAGUAAAUUCUGUAUACAAUGAUACCAUGUGAGUUUGAGACUUCAAAAUCUCCUUGUUCACCACAGACAAAACAUGGCAUAUUUCAAACAUAAGGGGUGUUCAGUUUAUUAUUACAUUGUUGGAAAGAUAUCUGCUUUUAUUUAGACUGUGAAUGUUGGGUUAACAUGUUUAUUUAUGCUGUUGAUGAAUGUGAGUGAGACUUCUGAUUACAUGACGCCCUGUAUGCGAUAUGGUUUUGUAAAUAAUAGAUGUUGUUUGUCUGUGCUAAACAAAUAAAUAUGAUUUUAUCAAAGUGUUCUCAAAUUAUUUUGAAAAGAUUAGGUCAAAUGUUUG